ACCGACUUUUCGGUUUCGAGCUUCAACUCUCCUUCGUUGACAUCAAAAAAGCCAAAACCUACCGAUUGGACUCGUUCUGAGGCACAGCUUCCAAGUCACUCUCCGACUCCCUCAAACAUGGCCGAUCCCGACCCUAAACCGAUGACCAUCGAUGGCUCGGACCAGGACUUAACCCUGGCGCGGUCGCAAUAUCUGACUCGAUAUGAGGUUCUGACUCGGCGAUCCCGGCGAGUCAAUCAACUUUCCCGGGUCUACAGGGACCAUUACUGGUCUCUAAUGGAGAAGGUCAAGGCCAAGUACAGGGAAUACUACUGGGUAUAUGGAAAAAGCCCGUUCAAGGAGGACGAGAAGAAGACCAGUGGCCUUGAGAAUGGAACGGAUGGAGCCGGAGAGAACGGCUGGUUCGGGGCUGGGACAGGAGAUGUUGAAGGCAAGUGUGCGGUGGCUGGUUGCAAGGCAAAGGCGAUGGCUUUGACGAGGUUUUGUCAUGCCCACAUUCUGUCUGAUUCUAAACAGAGGCUGUACACUGGGUGUACAUAUGUGAUCAAGAGUGCGCACGCAGGGCCUAUUUUAUGUGGCAAACCAGUAUUGAGGUCAACUAUUCCUGUCCUAUGCGCCACGCAUUUGCAGAAGUCAGAAAAAUAUCUCAAACAAGCUUUAAAAAAGCAAGGUCUUAAUGUAACUUCUCCAAUUAAGCUUGUGCCCAAAUUUCAUGCAAUCGUCAUGGAAAAUGUCCGACAAAUCCAGAGCAAAAGAAGAGCCGCUAAGAAGGCUUCUCUUCAUAAAAUUGAGAUUUAAGGAGGGGAAAACUGAUUAGAUCAAUUUUAUUUGUUCUUUGCAUAUUCUUUGAAUCUGCUUAUGUCGUUAGCUGUUCAUGCAGUCAGCAGAUUAUUAACCGUGGAAUUUUCAGUGUAUCUUUUAUUAUGUGGACUAAUGAGCACUGGACUUGUGACUUAAAAGGCAAUACCCUGUUCAUACAUGAGGUACCAAUUUCAUUUUUCAUCUUCCGCUGCUUGUUCUUGUGAAAUCAUUUCAUUUGCACUGUUCAACCUGUAAAUGUUAUGAAUAGCUUCUUUUUCCA